AUGUACGCCCCUGUCGGCGAGGGCCACGGCAACCAACAAUCAUCCCUGAUCAAUCCAUGGUGGCUUCAUCCGCCAGCUGGACGAACUGUUGGGCACGAGCGCGAUCAAGAAGGAAAAUACCUACUUGAAGGUGGCAGAGACAGGGGUGGAGAAGGUCACGGGGUCGGGCCUAGGGGUGGCAUCAUGGACUCUCAUCAGCACCAGUUCUGUCUCAAGUGGAAUAGUUUCGGUAGCAACUUAGCGACUGCGUUCUCGAAUUUGUUCAAAAGCGAGAGUCUCACCGAUGUCACCCUAUUCUGCGAGGGAGUAACGUUCAAGGCACACAGGUUAAUCCUCGCAGCAUGCAGCAAGCACUUUCAGGAGCUCUUCGAAGGAAUGCCUCCUUCUCCCGCGGGACUGAUCGUUAUUCUCGACGGGACGAGUGCCCACAAUAUGGCGUCCCUUCUCGAAUUCAUGUACCGUGGAGAGGUACAUGUGUCCCAGGAAUCCCUCAGCUCUUUCCUCAAAGCAGCCGAAUGCCUUCAAGUAAAAGGUCUGUCCAUCGAGCACGAGAAGCUGGCAGUAGCGCAGAGGCACGCCGCGGAGAACAAUAACUCGUCGACGGACGCCGGGGGUGGCGGUGGUAGCGGCGGCGGCGGCGGCGGCGGCAGCGGUGGUAGCAGUAACGGCGCUGGCGAGAGCGGAAGUGGCGCGAGCGGAAACGUCGGUGGCAGCGUGAGCGGUAGCGUGGGCGGCGGUGGUAUCAGUGGCGUCGGCGGCGGCGUCGGUGAGGUGAGCGACUUGAGCGAGGCUGGUGAGGCAACCAUGGUGAGAAACACCAUGAAGAGGACCCACACGCCGUCGCCCGUCUCUGCCUACCCCGUGCCCAGCCUCUACACCACUACCUCUCACUAUUACGAAAACCCGCCGAAAAGGCUGAUGAGAUCGCCCAGCGACGUCGAUACCCUAGGAAGGGCAAGCGUGCUGCGCGAUGGCACCGCCUUCCGGCCCGCAUCCGCGCCACAUCCGCUGCUCAUGGAGAACCACUUCUAUCAGCCGUUCAUCCAUCCUUCAGAAACGCCCGCGCAUCCCCACACAGCACCGCACACACCAACGGAAUUGGAACAGGAAUUGGAACGAGCGAGGUCCGAGGAACGCGAUCUCAAGGAAAGCGUGGCUGAAGAUCUUCGAAUAAAGCAAGAACCGGUGGCGCUGACCGAUCGGGAGAGGGCAGAAAAAUUGGCGGAAAGAUUGUCAGGCGAAGUUUAUUCCGGUGGAAGGGGGUUCGACGGUGGUCAUUACGGUCCAAAUUCGGAUCACGUGCAUCAUGGGGGGCAGAUGGGCCACGCCAUGGUGCCUUUGCCACCAGCUCAUCCACCGACUCCUGAUCUCAGUCCUGCACCCACCACCCCCGCUAUGUGGAACACGAAAAUCAACAAGGCUGGCACUGUCUCCACUCCCGAUGGCAAGAAGCUAAAAUGUCCGUUCUGCGAAAGACUGUACGGCUACGAGACGAAUCUGCGCGCUCAUAUACGGCAGCGUCACCAGGGCAUUAGAGUGCCGUGUCCAUUCUGUUCACGGACGUUCACACGGAACAACACUGUCAGACGGCACAUUGCACGGGAGCACAAAACCGAGCUGAAUAUGAAGGCCUUCCAACAGUCGAAUCACUCGAUGUCGGACACGGUGCCACAGUAA